AUGACAGAAAAGAAUGACAGCAUCGACGCUCGCAUCCCGGCCUCGUGCCCGGCCUCUGUUUCUCAGAUCCUAUACCACGCCUGGCACCACGAUAUCGCGGGGAUCAAGCCCCUAUUAAACGUGCCAGGUCGCGCGAGCGUCCAGGAACCUAAGACGGGCGAAACCCCUCUACAUGCUGCGAUCCGUGCUUGCGCGCCUGUGAACCAAGGCGCACUAAGCGACGGCACUGACAACGUCGAGGAGCAUGCUAAGACUGUCGUACACGAGCUGUUCAUGAGCGGUGCCAUCUGGAAUGAUGUUGAUAACAACAAUGAGACACCGGGGUGCAUAGCCGCGCGCCUCGGGCUCAAGGAAUUGUAUACUCUAUGCGUUGAGGCCGGUGUGCGAGCGGAGCUGUUGUUCGGUUUGCUGGAUGGGUAUGAAGAGCUUGAGUCUGACGACGGAGAUGAGGAAGAGGGGGAAGAAGAAGAGGAAAAGGGAGAACAUGGUCCCCAAGAUGAAGAAGAGAAAGACUUCGAAAAUUCAAAUGGCGGUGGCGUGGAAGAAGAUAUAGAAGUUAUAGUAGACUCGGACCGUGCCUUCGUCCCACCGAAAGGCACCGUCGGGCCUAACGUCAACAGCGCAGAUUACCUACGUUCGAACCUGACAUAUAGCGACGGGAAGCUAGUCGACUCGGCCCAGAACGGUGUGAUGAUGGCCUGGGAAACAUCUAUUAUGCGCGCCUCAGUCGACGCGCUCCUACCCGGCCUCCCUGCCGGCCGGAAGAUCCUCAAUAUCGGUUUCGGCAUGGGUAUCGUCGACCGUAUGUUCGCUGAGACGCGCCCAGCAAAACACCACAUCAUCGAGGCACACCCAUCCGUCCUCGAACACGUCAACAGUUCGGACUCUAAAUUUGGCAAGGAAUGGGAAACAAGCGGUCCGGCCGAAGGAGCAUUCAAAGUCCACGGCGGUAAAUGGCAAGAAGUGGUUCCCAAGCUACUAGAACAGGGCGAAACGUACGACGCCAUCUAUUUCGACACGUUUGGUGAGGACUACGGCCAGCUACGCAUGUUCUUCACUGAGUACGUGCCCGGGUUGUUAGAAGAGCAAGGCAGGUUUGGAUUCUUCAAUGGCCUAGGCGCCGAUCGGAAGAUAUGCUAUGACGUCUACACGCAAGUAGUUGAAAUGCAUCUCAGCGACGCAGGCAUGGAUGUAGAAUGGCAGGAAUUGGAUGUGGACAUGAAAGAUUUGGGUAAGGAAGGAGAAGGGGAAUGGCAAGGCGUUAAAAGACGUUAUUGGACUCUAGACAAGUAUCGACUACCGACCUGCACCCUAAUGGGCUGA